UGCUGAGUAUUUCAGAUAUAGGCAAUGGGUCUCCACCAGACUAUAAAUAGGCUUUCUGAGUCUGAAUUUGUCUUUUUUUUUUUUCAAUUCCUGUGGCAACAAACCACACGCUAGUUUGACGUUCUACAUUUUUUUAAGGCAUAUUUAAACUCUGACACACAUAAGUAAUGAAGAUUUCAGGGUGGAUUUUUCAGCAGAAUGUCAUUUGGUCCUGUUAAGAAUUGUCUGUUCAAAGUUUUGGAGCAUUUGAUUGAGAAUUCCUUCUUAAUGCACAUAAAGGCAGCUUACAAAUGAUUAGAAGAACUGAUUUAUCCUGAGAUUCAUUCGUUUAUUUCCUGUGAAGCCCGUACAGUGUCUGCUGCUUGUUCUUGAAUAAGGUAGAACCAGGCCACAGAGAAGACACCUUACUCGGAGCUGGGAGCCUGGCACACGCGGGCACUUGGGCUGCACGGGAGGCAUGGGCUGCGACCGGAACCGCGGGCUCAUCGCUGGGGCAGUGAUAGGCGCAGUGCUGGCCUUGCUGGGCGGGAUUCUCAUGCCAGUGGGCGACCUGCUGGUGCAGAAGAACAUCAAGAAGGAAGUUGUUCUUGAGGAAGGUACAACUGCCUUUAAAAACUGGGUUAAAACAGGCACAGAAGUUUACAGACAGUUUUGGAUCUUUGAUGUGCAAAAUCCACAGGAAGUGAUCGUGAACAGCAGCAACAUAAAGGUUACGCAGAAAGGCCCGUACACGUACAGAGUUCGCUAUCUGGCAAAGGAGAAUGUGACACAGUACCCUGAGGACCACACGGUCUCUUUUGUGCAGCCCAACGGGGCCAUCUUUGUGCCUUCCAUGUCAGUGGGGUCAGAGAAUGACACCUUCACAGUCCUCAAUCUGGCCGUGGUGGCUGCGCCUCACAUCUACACGAACUCCUUUGUUCAAUCGGUGCUGAAUUCACUCAUCAAAAAGUCCAAGUCGUCCAUGUUCCAGACCAGAACAGUGAGGGAACUGCUGUGGGGCUACAAGGACCCAUUCCUGAGCCUGGUUCCAUACCCUAUUCCUACCACCAUUGGCGUGUUCUACCCGUACAACAACACUGUAGAUGGAGUUUAUAAAGUUUUCAAUGGAAAAGACAACAUAAGUAACGUUGGCAUAAUUGACACUUACAAAGGGAGAAAGAAUCUCACCUAUUGGCAAAGCUAUUGUGACAUGAUAAACGGUACAGAUGCAGCCUCCUUUCCGCCUUUUGUUGAGAAGUCUCGAAUAUUGCAGUUCUUCUCCUCGGACAUUUGCAGGUCAAUCUAUGCUAUAUUUGGAUCCGAAGUUGACCUGAAAGGAAUCCCUGUGUACAGAUUUGUUCUCCCAGCUAAGGCCUUUGCAUCUCCAAUUGAAAAUCCGGACAAUGAUUGUUUCUGCACAGAAAAAAUUAUUUCAAAAAAUUGUACAUCAUAUGGUGUGCUAGACAUCGGCAAGUGCAAAGAAGGAAAACCUGUGUACAUUUCACUUCCUCAUUUUCUACAUGCAAGUCCUGAUAUUUCAGAACUCAUUGAAGGCUUAAGUCCAAAUGAAGAAGAACAUAGGACGUACUUGGAUGUUGAACCUUUAACUGGAUUCACUUUACAAUUUGCAAAACGGCUGCAGGUCAACAUACUGGUCAAGCCAGCAAAAAAAAUUGAAACAUUAAAGGGCCUGAAGAAGAAUUAUAUUGUGCCCAUUCUGUGGCUUAAUGAGACUGGUACUAUUGGCGAUGAGAAAGCAGAAAUGUUCAGAAAGCGAGUGGCUGGAAAAGUAAAACUGCUUGGCCUUGUGGAAACAGUCUUGCUCAGUGUUGGGGCAGUGAUGUUUGUCUCCUUCAUGAUUUCUUACUGUGCAUGCAGAACACAGAACGUGAAGUGAGUGAGAGCAUGCCAGAAGUGUGUGUUGCCUAACUAAUGCCUAUUUAGCCUUAUUUUAAUUCUGCCAAACUCAUACAUCGUAUGUUGGGACAUACAUAUUUCUGGACAUGUCUAGCCAAUUAUUAUUUCUUAAUUUGUCCUCCACUGUUUGAGGUUCUUAAUAUAAAUUUAGACACAAACAAAGGCUGAAUGAGCACGAGAUCUGUAAAUAUCAAACAGAUUACUGAACUGCACCUGUAAUGCUGAGAGGAGCGGUGAAAAAUGAUCUAAUUGUGACCCCUGUAAAAUUAGCAAAAAGAUAAUUUGGAUCUUGUUCAUCUCUUGCUUAUUUGUAUCUAAUUAUAAAAACUUACAAAUAAAUAAUUUAUAUCACUGAGUAGAAAGAGGUAUGUACAAUUAAACACUUUGAAGAUGUAGGUGGAUUGAGAUUUAAAAGGGAAAGAAAAAAAUCAAAAGACCCAAUAAAAGAUGGGGAUCAAUAUAAAAAUGUAUGUUUGGAUGAAGCAUGGAAGUGAAUUGAGAUAAGGUAAAUAUUAAACAGGAAGGCUACCUGUGGACAUGCUGGCUAGGUCUCAUGAACACACUGUUUGCCCCUGCAGAUCCUGUGUUGACUCCCAUGAAAGUGUCAUCACUCCUUAAAGACCCCAAGUGUCAGAUUGUUUGUACCCAUGUAUGGCUAAACUAUACAGGAACUGGGAGUUGCUGGUGUCUUUGUCAACAAAUAUAUUAGUUUUGCUGUUAUAUUCUUUGUUAUAAGAAAAAAUGAUUGCCUUAUAAAACUCUUCUUUACCAAUUAUUUGACUUACUAGGGUUAGAAUUACAGGAGGUAUGUUUCCUAAAACCUCAGUUUUGAAUACUCCAGAAGUUAUGUAUCUGGGAGCAUUUUGUGAACAACUGAAAAAAGUAAGGCAAUAGAUGCACAGGAGGGAAUAAAGUAUAAGACGGUAAACUAACGAGGACUUUAUCCACUGUGUCAUGAAAAGAACGCACCAGAGCUCCUUCUGAAAGGAACGACAUGCGCCCCUCAGCAUGGGAGGUGGUUAGGAUGUGGGAUGCCUCUUCCAGCACAGACUUACUCAGCUCCCCUUCCUUGUCUGUCAUUUGCUUCUCUGAAGAGUCAUAGAGCAGUCUGAAAUGUGUCCCUGUGUCCUUGGAUGGGAACAUGUCUCAUAGAUGAAGUUCAUCAUAGAACUUUUCCCUUGAGAAGUUGGGCUGCAUAAUGGAGAUCUCAUAUCUUGGAUAUAUAGUACUCAGUUUUUACCUUAUUACUCCUCUGCUUUCUGCUAAAUAAUGCCAUUCUUUCUGCUUUACAGGUAGUAAAUGAGUCUACAUUUAUGUAGCAGCUAUGUCAAGACCUUUGGUAAUAUUGACCGAUGACAUGGAGAUUUAAUAUGCUUUAUUUUUUAUAAAAUACACCCUUUCUUUUAGUUAAAGAAAUGGUGGUGCUCUCUCUAUAUAUAUUUUGCACGAAGCUGCAGCACUUUUUAAAAGGAUUAAGAUGUCAUUAAAAUCUAUACUUUGUACAAAACCAUCAUUCUUCAUACAAUUGAGUUGCUCUCAGUUUCUAGCAUGAACCAAUCAUUUCAUUUGGUUCUGAUUCAUGGAUUUGUUCCAUGGUGGUGAACUCAGCAGAGGCAUGGAUGUUCUGGGAAAACCCUGGGUCUCCGAUUCCUGCUUCCUUCACCAAAGGGCAAAAGGAUCAUAUGUGGACUGUCCCUGUUCAGUUGCUAUUGGCAGACCACAGGGCUGUCACUGCAUUGUCCUGCCUGAGCACAGAUAAUGAGAUGCUUAAUAAUGGAAGAUGUAUGAGAGGCUCUGAACCACCAUCAACCACCAUCGUGCACCAUGUCAAUUUCUUUCUUGAAUGAACCCUUUGUACAGCAGCAGUAGACACCAUAAUCAUGUUUUACUUCAUAACAAUGGUCUUGUAUCUUUUGUCACUCAUACAAAUGGAAAUCAUCCUUAGUUCGCUUCAGCUCCUCCUAUUGUAAAGACUUUGCUAUUUUCCAUGUUGUUUAGGUCUUCUGGAAGUCUGAAUAUAUUCUGGUCUUUCUACUCAGUUGCAGCUUACACCUGGCAACCUCAGAAUGCUGUUCUAAUAAAAGAGAUAUAAAUGAUGAUAAAGGAAUUAUUGUAUGGCUAUUACAAAGAGUAGAAUGUGCAUAAAAAUAUACUUCUUGUAAUAUUUCUUGCUUUCAUAGUCACUUCAGAAGGACUGGUUUCAACCAUUAAAAGUUUUCUUCCUAAAAUGCUAAUGUUUUGCCUAAUUUCUGUUGUAUUAUAAAGCAUUAACUCUAGUUUUCUGCUUCCAGUAUUUUAUCUGAAGUUGUAUUUCUUUCUGAAUUCCAUUAUAAGCACUUACUUAUAGGCUACUUUGUAAGCCAAUUGGGGAAAGAGAAAAAAAGAAAAAAUAAAGACAUUUGGUUUCAUCUUUUA